AUGUAUAUCAAAUCCCUCAGCCUCUUCUGGCUGUUUUCCGUGCCCACUCUCACCGUUGGUUCAACAAUCAGCUCGUUGUUUGUGAUCAGACAGGGCACGGAUGAAUUGGGCGGCUGCGGCUCUUAUCUCCCAACACUCGAAACAUGGUUAUCUGAAAGCAAAGCCUUGGUCAAUUCCGGAUUGCAGGCGCUCGCCAACGCGGAGAAUCCCUCCGCGGCGGAGUAUGAUGUCGCCAGACGGUAUCUCUGGUCCUAUUUCAGGGCCACUGGCGAUCCUGACGCAAUGACUUGGGUAAAGGACUAUCUGUUAGAAGCGAAGAAUUUCCUGGAUGGGACAUCAACGAGACUGGCAAGGACGCCUCAUUUAUACUGCAAUGAUAAAUGGCUCAAAAAGCUAUCGCGGUCAGAUGCGGCCUGGGACACCAGUAGGGAUGAGACAAUUAUGAAAGUAAAUCCAGAGGAUGGAUCUAUGGUUCCUAUGACGAUCGAGGAGGUCCCACUAUACCAGAAUUACCUCUGGGAGAAAAAAAAUAACUUGCUAGUAAGGAAUAAGCUUGUUCCUUAUUGGUCAGAUGACUUGUUGGAGUACAUCUUUGAUAUAGGCUACGGGAGUAAGUCUUACUGCACCACAUCCAACAAAAACAUGGGAGCCACACAGCAGCAAACCAACCCCAAUACAAUCACGUUGUGCCCUUCUACCUUCACAAACCAUGAUGGUGUGGACGGGCUCGGGUCUGCAACACCCAAGGCAGGCCUGUCAAUUAUGAAAGUCCUCCCACGAAGCGCAACCCUCUACCAUGAACUGUUCCAUCUCGUAUUAGGCAACGAUGAGACUCCUGAUAUAACAUCUCCUAAAGACAGCUGGACCAAGCAGCAAACCAUGCUCAAAAAUCCCACAACUAUACCUAGGGAUUAUGACGAGACCAACGCGCAGCUCAUUCGCCGCAACCCUGAGUCAUAUAUGUUCUUCUGCGUAGGCUACUAG